AUGGAUUCGAGUUCGGGGCCUCAAGAAUUUGACUAUUUGUUCAAGUUGUUGAUGAUUGGGGACUCCGGGGUUGGCAAGAGUAGUCUUCUUCUCAGUUUCAUCGCUGAUGCUUUUGAUGAUCUUUCCCCCACUAUUGGUGUUGACUUUAAGGUCAAAUAUGUGACUAUGGGGGGUAAAAAGCUUAAGCUUGCAAUUUGGGACACUGAUGUGGCAGCCAUGGAGGAAGAUUGCCCAGCUGCUAAUUUUGUUCCUCUAACUGAUACAGUUUAUGAUGUAACCCGGCGAAAUACAUUUACAAAUCUUUCUGAUAUAUGGGCAAAGGAAAUAGACCUUUAUUCAACAAAUCAAGAUUGCAUCAAAAUGCUUGUUGGAAACAAAGUUGACAAGAGUUUUGCUGCAAGGUUACGGGCAAAAUCCUUUGUUACCGUGUUCCGUUUAUGGGAGUCAUUGUGUUUUACGAGGGGGACUUGGACAUGCAUAAUGGUGAUAUUUGUUUUUCAGGAGGGUGACAGAGUUGUGACAAAGAAAGAGGGAAUAGACUUCGCCAGGGAAUAUGGUUGCCUUUUUAUUGAAUGCAGUGCUAAAACUCGAGUUAACGUUCAGCAAUGCUUUGAAGAGCAUGUUUUGAAGAUUCUGGAUACACCUAGCCUCGUAGCCGAUGGCUCAAAGGGUGUAAGAAAAAACAUUUUUAAGGACAGGCCACCCCAAUCUGAUGCAUCCACAAGUAGUUGUUGCUGA